AUGAAUGGAUCUCCCACACCUAAGCGAUAUUCUUCCAAAUCCUCCAGACUUUACGACGACUACUACAACGUUCCCUAUCAAUAUUCUAAUCCAAUUCCGAUGAAUAGAGAUUACAAUGACGUAGGGUCCCGUAUCAAUGCGGAUAAAUUGGUGCCAGAAGAGUACAAGCGAAAUACUGAAUUUAUUAAUAAAGCUGUCCAACAAAAUAAAGAGCUGAACUUUAAACUGAGGGAAAAGCAAAACGAAAUAUUCGAACUUAAGAAAAUAGCCGAAACUCUGCGCUCAAAACUUGAGAAAUACGUUGACAUUACCAAAAAACUUGAAGAUCAAAAUCUCAAUCUUCAGAUAAAGAUAAGUGAUCUAGAGAAGAAACUUUCUGAUGCCAAUUCUACUAUCAAAGAUAUGAACUACUCUAAUGUCAGUAAACCUAUUGUUGAUGAAAACUUUGUCCCCCAAAAAUAUGACCAAAUAAAUGUACCAAAGAAUAGAGCUUCAGACGUAGGAAUUGAUCUUCGCUCAACUAACAAAGCCUCCAAUACUUCAGACGAAAACAAUAGACUAAAAGCAAUAGAAAAAACUCUCUCGGUUCUUACAAACUAUGUUAUGAGGACAGAAGAAAAUAGUAACAAUAAAAUGACACCUUCACCGCCACCAUUAAAUACGAUAUCGCCAAUAAAUAAUCGUCUGAAUUUUCAAGAUUCCAAGAAAUACAAUCCUAUGCCUAAAGUAAAUCCUUCUGACGACGAUAUCAUGAUGUAUGAGAGCGCAGAAUUGAAGCGUGUAGAAGAAGAAAUAGAAGAGCUAAAGAGGAAAAUACUUGUUCGAAAAAAGCAUGACUUGAGAAAGUUAUCUUUGAAUAAUCAGCUUCAGGAACUGCAAAGUAUGAUGGAUGGCGAUGACAACAUAAAAUCUGACAGUGUUUCAAAACAUAAUCACACUACGCAUCGUCAUCCUUCCCAAUCCCACCAUGAUUACUCACCAUGUUCCGAUGCUUGCAUAGAGUGUUCGAAUAAUUUAUACGAGAAGAAUAGAGUCAAGCCAGAAAAUAAUGUGUCAGAGACAUUCGCAACUCCCACACCUAAUAAUCGAUGA